AUGGGCGACAAGAAAAGAAAGAAAGCUUCCAAGAACACCGACACCAAUGGCGAAUCUCUGCAAGAUUCCGACCGGCAGAUAGCUGACGAGGGUGACAUUCCUUUAGUUUUUGUCAAUGGAGAGGCAGGAUUGAAUCCUUCUCCUCCGGGAAGAAAGCGAUCGCGUGCAAUCAGCUCGGUGUGCAUGACUUCAGAUGAUGAAUCUGGGAAAGAUCAGAAGGUAGGUCGAUUAUUCAAUGUUUUUAAAACAUGAACAGCAGCUAGUGUUUUAUCAUUAGUCAAAAAUUAUCGUGCUUCGUGCUCCAAUUUUUAAAUAGUGAUGAAACAGGUGCUGUGAGUGUUUUGAAAUUCUUCAAAAACGUCCCCGCAUUUUGCUAAAUAAUGCACUUCUCGGUAGUUUCUUGGUGUUAACGACGGGUGCAAUCACCAAACGACGUAAUAAGAAAGAAUUAAUAAACACUGAACAAUACCUACACAACUACACACAAGCGAAUCAAUGGUUUCGGCAACACCAAAAAACACUCCAUUUCUUGUUGGUCAGAUAUAGUUAUGCAAAUAUAUUGUGCAACUGAAGUACACAGUUUAUAAUUAAACGUCAUUGCUUGCCUUCGCAAUACUACGACUAUCCAAAUCAGUCCAAAUGAAAGAAAUUACUAUAGUUAAUAACCGCAAAAGAGGAAAAAACUGAAUAUCUCGAGGAGAGUGUCGCUAAACCAGACUACAACGUGACAUAACUUGAGCAUUGAUAAUUUUUACGGAAUUGCAAACUUCUUAGCGUGAUAACUGUUCAUAGUUUCUGCUGACUACUACAUGUAGAUGUAGAUGAAGAUGUAAGAAUUUAAUUGUUUGUGCCUCAUUUCGCCAUCCGCCAUUUUUGGAACAGUAACAGUUUAUUAACUGGUUUGGUGUUUUUCGCGCUUAAAAAAAUUCUUAUUUAUCAUUCAUUUUUGAAUAAGUUCUGACCUGCUGAAGGUUUUUUGCUCGUUUUAGGAUGAAAGAAAUUUAGGAAUUUACCAAAAAAAAAAAACAUUAGAAACAACAGAUGAGAUUGUUCUCUUAUUUUUAAAGGAAGGAUUCACUGGUCAGAAGUCAACAAUUCUUCACCAGCUGAUUCUGAACGGGGAAGUAGAAGAAGUUGAAAAGCUUUUAAAUAAGGGCACAAGUAAGCAAUGUUUCUCUCACUUUUCCUACAGCUUAGUACCCAGCCAGGUCUCUAAACAUUCACGAGACAAGAAGGAAAAAUAGCUGGGAACAAGACUACAUACAAACAAAAGCAAAUUAAUUGAACACAUUGAUCGAUAUGAUGUAGGUAUCUGCUUUACGCCCUGCUAAAGCGAUACUAGAUCGAAAGUUUCAGCAGUGAACACUAUUGCGUUGACGAAUAGGAGGAUUUAGCCAUAACUAAAAGAAUAGGCCGAGGCCAUUUCCGAGUCGCCCAAAGCCUCUGUUUCAAGGCAAGGUUUAUGCUGAGUGCGAGGUGGCCAUUACUAUGAAAACGAUUUCCUUAAUUUUCUCAAGCAAAUAAAACUCAUUUUCACAAGAAAGGUUUUGCACUUAGCCUCGUUCAGAAGGUGAGAGUUUUUGGCACUCGGAAAUGAUCUAUUCCCUUUGAAAACUUCCCUGCCUGUACCUGCAACAUACAAACAACGGCUUUGCCAAAUUAAACUGAAUUAAAUUGUGGUUUCCCUUUCAAAGACUUUUUGAAGGGACAAAGUCCAUGCUGCCGUCUCUUCUCAUAGUUUAACCCUUUAAGCCCUAAGAGUGAUCAGUAUCAAAUUUCUCCUUGUAAUAUCAGUGCUUUGUAAAACAGAGUGGUCAUGAGAAUUACGGACAUGAUCACAAAAGAUGAAUUUUAUUAACUUCUCCCCACUACUUCUGUAGGAAAUGAAUAGGGUCUACAAAUAAGAAUUCAAGUUUUGAUCUUAGGGUUUAAAGGGCAAAAAAAGAGACUAAAAUUUUAAGUACACAGAGACUUAAUCUCUUCAGUGUUCGAAGCACCUUGUUCUUAUGUUUUCUCUACCACGUAUAUUAUCAAUGACAGAUGUUAACAACAAGGACAAGUCAGGCAAAACACCUCUUCAUACAGCCAUUCUUUCAAAACAGUUCAGAAUUGUUGAUAGGUUACUUGAGAGCGGUGCUGACGUCACUAUAACUGAUGAAGCUGGCGACACUGCUUUGCAUACGGCAAUUCAUGUUGGCAGUGAGAAACUGGUUUUG